UGGUGGUGGUCGUAGUGUAGGUAUGCAUUCUUGAACAUAGGAUUAGGCGGUACACCAACGUCAACAUGGACUACAAGGCUGAAGCCGAGCAUGCCUAUGAGGAGCUCGUGAAAAUGAUAGAAAGAGACUGGGGAAAGGAGAUAAAGAGUUCUAAAGACCACAAAGUAUAUCGCAUGAAGUCUGAACUUUUCAAUGGUUAUGCGUAUAAAUGCGAAUACACAGUUGAAAUGUCGCUGUCCGACUAUCUGGCCCUCGUCAGCCCGAAGUGCUUCGGAGGAUAUAUCGAAGACGUCGAUAGUAUUGUUAAGGCUGUCCAGUGUCUCUUGGAAGUAUCUGACGACAUCAAAAUCCUGAAGAGCGUGUCCAACUCACUUGCCAUGGGACUGAUAUCGAGCAGAGAGUUCAUAGAUAUUCUGUAUAUCAAACGGUUUGCAGACAACGAAAAUAAAGUUGCUUUUGUAGUGUGCGAGGCAAAAUAUGAUGCCCCAGUUGAUCCGAAAAUAGUUCGCAGCAAACACUACCCUAGUGGCAGUCUGAUUAAUGUGAUCGAACAAGGGGGUAAAAAGAUUCUGGAAAUCAAACAGAUUGAGCACUUAGAUUUCAGUGGAAAGGUACCAACCUCAGUGCUUGACUCAUUCGUCCCCGGGGAAUUGUUCAGUCGGGGCAAUACGCUGAAGAAGAAUCUUAAGAAACUAGAAAAAAUUCGUUCUAAAUAGACGGAUGAUAUCGACAGACAGUGAUCUUGCCAACAAGAAUGCUAACAGUCAAAGAAACUAAGAAACUGAUAUCAGAAACUGAACUAACCAAUCAGGGGCCCGUGUAGAAACUUUUCGAGAGCAAAUGUGACUCAAUGAGAUGACGUAUGUCUAUGGGUGGUGAAUUAACCUAUCAGUUAAGUUCAGACAAGCGGAACAAAUAUCGCUAACCUGAGUCUCGUGAAGAAAUUUCAAGAUACGCCGAGAAGCUACUAAGAAAAUGAUUUUAAAACGACUAUCAAAAUCAAGCCGUGCCUGGUUUAAAAUUGUAUAGGAAUUUAGAAAAUUGAGUGUCAUUUUGUGAAAUUUACAUGUUGCGCUGUUUAUACUUGUGUUAAAAUUCAUACACUAUAUUAGAUAAUAAUAAUAAUAAUAAUAAUAAUAAUAAUAAUAAAUGAAUGAAUUUCACUGUAAAAGAGAAA